CGGCGGCGACCACGGCAACAUGGCCCUGAACGGCGCUGAGGCGGACGAUUUCUCCUGGGAGCCCCCGACUGAGGCGGAGACGAAGGUGCUGCAGGCGCGGCGGGAGCGGCAGGACCGCAUCUCCCGGCUCAUGGGCGACUACCUGCUGCGCGGUUACCGCAUGCUGGGCGAGACGUGCUCGGACUGCGGGGCCUGCACACAGACAGCCCUCCUGCAGAAGCUGACCUGGGCCUCAAGCGAGCUGGGCUCUAGCGCCUCCCUGGAGACCAGCAUCCAGUUGUGCGGCCUUAUCCGGGCAUGUGCUGAGGCCAUGCACAGCCUGCAGCAACUACAGCACUAAGAGACGCCCCUGAGAAAAACCCUCUAGAAAAACA